CCUCAUCCUCAUCAAUCCUCAUCUCAUCCUCGAACUUCAACCAUCGCAAAUCGCCAAUCGUCCCAUCUGAAGUUUGAGUUUUACCUUUUACUUUAUUUUUUUCUUUGGUCCAACCCCACCCCGCUUCAUCCCCCCAUCCUUUCAAGCGUCAGCAGCGGGUUGGCGAGAAUAGUCGCGGAAUAGUUCGAACUUCUUGAAAACAAAGCCGAUCGAAAAACCAAACCCCAACUAUUUACACUACCAAACCCUAGCCUACUUAAAUAUCUCGUAUUGGAUAUCAUUCAUUAUUAUCAUCGUCCGGGAUUUGGAAUCGCCUGUCUAAAUAUCUCCUCCCACCACGUUGCUAUUGAAUUCCUCUCCGUUGCUCUCAAAACCUGUUUUGUUUACUCCGCACCAACCCUAGCGUAAAUAGAUCGCAGGCAUCAGAUCAGGCCCCUCCCUUCCCCCCAUCUUUUAGUUCGCAAUAUCGCAACGGCAUAAAGGGACGGAAGCAUUCGUCACACCUCCUCAUACACCUCCCGAACGGUGACAUACAACCUGUCGAUUCUAUCUUACCAAUCUCGCAGAUUUCGAAUAAGAGGUUCAGUUGUGUACUCCCGUCCUGGCCAGAGGGCGUAAUUUGUUCGGGGAUAAAAAGAGUUGAGAACGGCCAGCGGGAGGGUGGCAAGAAGAGCCCAGCGCAAGCCAGGCUCAAAUCACCCGUUUCUGAAACAAAAACCACAUCCCUCUCAACGCUCCGUAUCACAACUUCGACGCCAUGUCAACCAACCGCCCAUUCCUAGCCAAUUUCCUGGCAGCUUUCCGCGCCCAAUCCGCCUACAAGGCAUCGUCAAAACCGCCUUCGACGGGCUCUACGACAAACCCCCUCUCACAAUCCCACGUUACAGCCUCAACCUCAGCUACCCAAUCCCCGUCCACAUCCCCCAACACACGAACUGUAACUACAAAAGCGGUGUCCUCAUCCUCAACGGCCGCAGGCGGAUCCACAACAACAAACAACAAUAUCUCCUCAAGUCCGCCACCCCAAUCCACAACCGCUGCCGUUCAAGCCGCCGCCGCCGCCUCCGCCUCUGCAGGCCAACUGCAUCCCCACCACUCCCACCGCCACCACCACCACCAUCAUCAUCAUCACCAUCCACAGCAGCAGCAGCAACAACAUCACAGCAGCACAAACCCACAUGCACAAUCUCACUCCACGAGCCCAGCACCCGCCGCGCCAUUACCAAUACCCAUACCCUCCUCCCACAACAGGCACCGUCGGGGAAGUGACAGCAGCAGUGGGAGCGGCGGGUUCCGCGAUGCCAUGGGUCCCGAGAAGUGGUAUGUAGGUGGCCGGACUGCUGCGGGUGAAGAGCGGUUCUAUUCGCUGGGUUUGGUAACUAAAGGGGGACGACAUCUAGGGAGGGUUGGGAGUGCUGACCAGCUCAGCCUUUAACAAGGGAGCAUGGUCUGUCUGUCUCUGAGUAUAAGGGAGACGAGGGGGGGAGUGUUGAAAAUAUAUAUUUCCCUAUUUACUGGUCAAAAUGGUCCUUUUUUCCACCACCCGCUCGCCCCAGUUGGCCGCUAUUUGGGUUUUUUUUUUUUUUUUUUUUUUUUUUUUUUUUUUUUUUUUUUUUUUCGGUUGCCGGUGUGGUGGAGGUUUUCCCACGACGACAAUAUGUAUAGAGUCUCAGAUUCAGAUUCCACAGACGACCCCAUUGGUCCUUGAUUUUGUUUUUUGUUUUUUUAACAUCUGGCGGAGCGAGAGGAGAGAGGGAAAACAACAUGACUGCUAUGAAUAUUCAUGAUCAACGCAGGCAAAAUAUCAUUUGGUGCACAAAAACGAAGAGCACGAAAGAACUACGAAAAAGCUACGACAACUACUCGUCCGAAUCCCGUAAUGGAUCCAUAUGGGAUGACAGGUCGGUCGAUGGCCAUCUAUAUGUUAAGGCGAAUAUAGGAGGCUCCGGAGAGGAGAAGAGGCAACACAUUUCCUGCUUCCCCUUGAAGAAAGGCGCAAUAUUGUUUUUUCAUGCCAUCUGGAGUUUUCUUUGCAGAAACUGCAAAAUAAAAAAUAAAGAAAGAAAGAAAAGGAACAUGGAACAGAUUAUAAAAGCGAGCUCACUCAGUCAGGCAGUGCAAGUCAGUCCGCUUUCGUCUCACAUGCACAUCAAGGCCUUUUCUUUUAUUCUUUCUUUCUUUCUUUCUUUUUUUUCGGUUUGUUUUCCCCCAAAAAUAAAAAGAAUAAUAAUAUUUAAAAUAAAUAUCCCCUUCCUCCCGUUUUCCAUUUCCUCUCUCUCUCUCUCUCUCUCUCUCUCCCGCUCUCCCGCCUUUUUCGCACCAUCUAUCUUCUUUUAUUGGCUUUUUCAUUUCGUGUUGAGCGCGGACAAUCAUUUCAUGUAAUAAACCAUCCCAUGCUCCAUGUUCUCCAUUUUCUCCCUCUCACCUUGUACAUGUCCUCCCUCCUCGCGGUGUCAUUGUCAACCAACAGGAAGGGAAACGCAAGGGGAGGAGGGAGAGUGGGAAUGAGAGGGGUGGGGAAAUGAGGAGGGGGUGAAAUAAAUGAAUAAAAGUGCAGGAGAUGAGAGAAUGCUUUCAGGGUUGUUUUGGUUUUUUGUGGGAAGUAUGGGAUGGAUAUAUGGGAUGGAUAUAAAAAAUUUUACCGUGGCGUGGCUGUCUGUCUUCUCUCUGCAUUUUGCAUUUUGCACAUGUACAUGUACAUGUACUAUUAUAGUAUAGUCUAUAUGUAUACAACUGUUGUAUGGGCGUGGGCGCGAAGGGGAAUGAAUAUAAAAUACUCCGCUCCUCUUUGUUUAUUAUGGUUUUUUAUCGACAAUUUUCUGUUUUUAUCUUGGGGCAGAUAAGUGGGAAUAGGUAGGAGAAUGCUUUUGUGUUCGCUCUAUACUACAUAGGUGCUACAAUCUACUCCCCCUUUCCUGGUCCGGAUCAACACACACACACACACACAAUCGCGCAACAGGUCCAUACAUAUGAAUCUAAUCAAAAAGAAACGGGCGAAACAAGUACCAGAGCCCCCCCUCCGCUCCUUUCUAUAUAGUUUCGCAAAUACGGAGCAGACCUCAAGCUCGAAAAAGAAAUACAUAGAGAGAUGGUUUAGAAGGGCUAGAUUUUUUUUAAAAAAAGAAAGAAAGAAAGAAAAUCCAGAUCAGUCCUCGGUUCGCAAAAUAUGAGCCAACCCCAUAUAUCUGAAUAUACAACGUAGCGAAAUGGUGGGAAACCAAAGGGGGAGAUUAACUCACGUUAUCUUCCGGAGGGAUGCUUCGUUCCCAGUAUCCGCCAAUGACGGGGAUGUUCAUCAGGAUAUCCUUUCGGACGCGGGGGACCUCUCCGAAGAAGAAGACGGCGAAGAUUCCAGCGGUAGCGCCGAAGGCUGUGGCAAUUGUGCCGCUGUUUAGUAGGGGAAACAAAAAGUGACGAUGAGUUAGUGAUAUGACAGUCAUAUUCGAUUGGAAUUGGGGCGUACGGAUCGGUGGGCUUGAGUGGGAUGAGGGUCACAUGUUCCCAGAUAAACGCAUAUGGUAGAGAUCGGGAUCGGGAAGGAAAAGAGAUACUUACUAUCGAACAGAGGUUUUCAGAGGAAAGCCGGCAUAGUGAGGUUGUUUCUUGUAUCUGAAUACAAAAUUCAUGGUUAGCGCCGUGCUCCCAGGAAAAGCAACUAUAUCAGUCGGUACGGCAAGGUUAACAAUCCGUCCAUUGUGAAUGAAUAUCGAUCGACCGGUAUAAUAUGUCUCCCUCAUCCAUAACUGGUUCAUCAGAGCCUGGUUAUAGGUAGCCGGUAUGAAUAUCUAUUCCUUUCUCCUCUUCUGCUAGAGCUGUUGGUUGAAAAUGGCAUGAAUAUAAAGCCUUCUUCAUCGCCGGAUAAUGCGACAUUUUGCCCAGCCCCUGCGCAAACAACUCUAGAUCCUCCGAUACGUUCUAAGCCACCGUUCGGCAUAUUUGACACCCCCCACUCCGCGAGGGGGAAAAAUAUAAAAAUCCCAGCAUCGCGCCCACGCGCGCCAAAAACAAGCCAAAAAAGAGCGAGUGAAACAAGCCCGAAAACGCAAACAAUGAUUGUAAUCCUCACCUAAGCGCAAAGGGACUCCGGUGGUUCGUAGUCGACGCAGGGGCAGCGGCCGAGCGAGCGGCGGAAGGCGAAACCUAUGUACCAGGAAAAAAGAAAAAAAAAAAAAACCAGUCGCUGUUAGCAAAAAAAAAUGCUCCUCGAUAAUAUCUCCAUUGCCAUUUCCAUUUCCCCCCCUCUCCACGUAUAUAUAUAGGUCUAGGGAAACGCCGAUGAAAAGAAAUAAAAGAAAUAAAUCUCAGGUAAGAGCGGCAAUCUUCAAAAAUUCCUCGAUCUUGCAUGUCCCCCGUUCUUCGCAAUUGGGUUCGUGAUUGACUACGACGACGGCAGCGACAGCGACAGCGGCAGCGGCGGUGGUGGAAUGAGAUACCAGGACCACGGUAUGCGCUAGAAUCGCAUUGGAAUGAAUCCAACACACCACCCGGCUGAGUCGCUGACCCCGAUGGUUACGGGUCCGGAAAUAGCACAGGGUGUUUGUGUGGUGUCUGGCUUUUUGCGACUCGCGGAAUUUCGUUAAUUGAAAACGCGCGGGGGCGAUUCCCACAGCUGCGUUACGUCGUGUUGGGUUUCCCCAUCCCCAUCCCCAUCCCCAUCAUCGUCGUCGUCGUCGUCAUCCAUAUCAAACCCCGAAUCGCAACCACAAACCACGCUCCAUCCCGCCAAUGAACCCCAAUCAUGCCCAGAGGUAGCCAACAAGCAAAAAAGUAAAAAGAAACCCUCGAAUCCCAAUCACAACCCCCAAUUUGGGCCCCCCCCCCCUCUCCUCCAAUCCGAGCCACAAUAAACCAAAACCAAACCCACCCGCCAAACAACGAAAGCAACACCCCCCCAAAAACCACAAAAACAAGGAAAAUCAUCAAGAACGUACCAUUGUCAAAAACGCAACGCAAAGAGAGCGAGAGCGACAAAAGAGACGGGGAAGAAGAGGAUCCCACAGGAAUUAUAGAUCGGGGGGUCUUUUGUUUUGGUUUCUCUGGGUAUGGAAGAGGUCGUUCCUGUUUUUAUGGAGGAAUUGGAUAUAUAUCGUUUCGGGAAAUUCGGGGGAUGAAAACGCCGCCCCUUUCCAAUUGGACGAAAACAAAAUUAUGUCACGUGGACAUUUGUAGGUCACAUGAUUUACACUUCACCCGUAGAAAAUUGGACGCUCAAUCGCAUAUAAAAAUGGAAAAAUGAAAAGAAAACAAACAAAAGAAAAGGCAGCUAUAGCCCAACCACAGUUACCUCAAAGAGGGGGGGGGGGGAAGAAACUGCAAUUGCAAUUGCAAAGACAAUCAUUAUGAACUUCUACUUUCGUCGUUCUUCAAUUUCCCUUCGUCGGGGUACGUGGGAAUGAGGGUAACUAUGAGGAAGAAAUUUCCUAAAGAAAACCCAUCUCAAAGUCAGGAAUUCCUUUGAGAGGAUAUAAUAUAAUAUGAGA